AAACCCUAGUUUCUUUUCUGCUGAGUGUGCUCUCGUUUCAUCAGUGGCGAAGUCGAUUCCGGCGAGCACAGCGUCAACGACGGCAAGGGUCAUGCUGCUGAAAUCUUUUUGACCUUUCCAAUAAAGCAUUUGUUUCAACUUGUCCAUGAGAGGAACCUUUGGAAUAAGGGUGCCAAGCCCCUACAUUUCCAAUGCCACCAGAAAAACACUAGUUCCAUUUUCUACAUCUUCCGGUUUUGGUGGUGGUGGUGGUGGUGGUCAUGGUCGUGGUCGUGGAGGCUCCCUCCCUGGUUCGGGGACGUUCAAUUUCAAUGAAAGAGCUCCAGGUAAGCCUAAUUCCAAUGAGUCCAAAUCUGACCCAAAAGAGUCGCCCAUUCCUCGUAGUUCAGGUCAUGGCCAUGGCCGUGGCAAGCCAAUGCCUCCAUUGGGUCUUCCUUCUUUCUCAUCAUUUAUAUCGUCCAUAAAUCAGCCACCUUCUGGUCGUGGCCGACUCACUGCACCUCAACGUGAUUUGCAGCCCCCAGAUUCUGGACCCAAAAAACCCAUUUUCUUCAAAAGAGAGGAUAAUGUUUCUCCAACAACACCAGAUGAUUUUUCACCACCCAAAAGAUCCAUUUUUCCUGGAAGGGAGAGUGCCAUCAACCCAACAUCCAGAUCUGUUGAUCAUGAGCAUGAUAACAAACUUCCAGGCAGUGUACUAGGGGUGUUGUCUGGACUUGGACGGGGAAAGCCCACGAAACAGUCAGAACUGGAAACACGGGUUACAGAAGAGAAUAGGCAUCUCCGCACUCGGCAAGCUCCUGGUGCUGCUGCAUCUGAGACUGUGCCUGAGAGACGGCCAAUACCAAACCGGGAUGAUGCAGUGAAGAAUGCACGGAAAUUUUUGUCACAAGGUUCACAAGGGGAGGAUGCUGGAAGUGAUGCUGGAAGAGGAAGAGGAUUUAGAGAGAGAGGUGGGUUUGGUCGAGGCAGGGGAAGGGGCAGGGGCAGAGGUCGAGGCAUAGGAAGGGGGGGAUUCAGAGGGAGGGAUGUGGAUGAAUUGUCUGGUCGAGCUAUGGAUACAAACGAUUUCUAUGCUACAGGGCUAUAUGUUGGAGAUAAUGAAGAUGGUGAGAAAUUAGCCAAAAAGUUUGGGCCUGAGAUAAUGAAUCAGUUGACUGAAGGAUUUGAGGAGAUGGCUACUAGAGUUUUACCAUCGCCAUUAGAGGAUGAGUACUUGGAUGCUUUAGACAUCAAUUAUGCAAUUGAAUGUGAGCCAGAAUAUUUGGUGGAGUUUGAUAAUCCAGAUAUUGAUGAGAAGGAACCAAUUCCACUUCGGGAUGCACUUGAGAAGAUGAAACCAUUCUUGAUGGCAUAUGAGGGGAUUCAGAGUCAGGAAGAGUGGGAGGAAAUAAUGGAAGAGACAAUGGCCCGGAUUCCAUUGAUGAAAAAGAUUGUUGAUCACUACAGCGGACCAGAUAGGGUAACUGCAAAGAAGCAACAAGAAGAAUUAGAAAGAGUUGCUAAAACUCUUCCUGAAAGUGCACCAUCUUCAGUGAAACAAUUUACUAAUCGUGCUGUUACCUCUCUUCAGAGCAACCCCGGGUGGGGAUUUGACAAGAAAUGCCAUUUCAUGGAUAAGCUGGUUUGGGAGGUGUCUCAGCAUUACAAGUAACUUGCUAUACCUUUCAAGCUUUAAUAUGGUGGGUUUUGGGGUAUACAAUGACCAUUAUUAUUGGAUAGGUUAUCUAGCCUGCUUGCAUUUCAUUUUAAUUUGAAUUUUGAUUUAAAAAACAGCUACAGCUCUUGUAAUAAUAUGAAUGAUAGUUAUCUUAGCGUUUGUUGCUUGCAAUUGUUACUGUUACAUCAGUCGUAUGCUUCGUAAUAAAUGAAUUAUCAUUUUAAUUA